GAGAGGAGAGGAGAGGAGGCAGCAAUCCACUGCUCCCCUGGGCCCCUACCUCACUACUGCUCCAGCAGCUCAAUAUCUCAGCCCCAGCCCAGAGCACACAACCCAGAGAGCCUUGGCCAAGAACGAAACGUGCUGCCGUGGCUCCAGCUAUCCAGAUCGCCAGCAUCACUGCCUGGAGGAGGUUCUGGACAGAGCUGACCUCAGGUUAAGCUCACCAUGGCGGAGAGUGCCACACGGUCAGCGGCCCUGGCCCUGGCCCUGGCUCUGGCGCUCACCCUGGUUGGGCCAGUUCUGAGCGGCUGCCCGGCUGCGUGUCGCUGCUUCUUUGCCAUGCUACAAUGCCUGGAGACAGACGGCAUCACCAGCAUCCCGGCGCUGGCACCGCAGGAAAGCGAAAACGUCACGGAUAUUUACAUCGAGAACCAGCCAAACCUAGAGAAUAUCACAGACAUAGACCUUGCCAACUACAGGGAACUGAAGAACCUCACAGUCACAGAAUGUGGCUUGGUGUUCAUCUCUGAUAAUGCCUUCCAGCAUAACUAUAAGCUCCAAUAUGUGAACCUGGCCACAAACUCACUGCUGCACAUUGGCUGGAGAGUGUUUCACUCCUUGUCCAUACUCAGCCUAGUUCUGCGGGAAAACCCCCUCGCUUGCUCGUGCGAUAUCUAUUGGCUGCAGCAGUGGCAAAGAUUAAGGCGGGGGGACAUUGACAGCCAGCAGAGCUGCAUAUAUGAUGGCAGCAGCAUUCAGCUCGACAGCUUUGCAAUGGAGAACUGCAGUGCUCCUGAAGUCAGCAUCAAUGCACCCAGACUAACCAUUAGGGAGGGGGGAAACCUGACGUUUGAGUGCCAGGUGACUGGUGUACCUGUGCCCAGUAUCAGAUGGAGAACAGAGCAGCUUCAGUCCAACUGGACCCUGCAGAGGGGGAUCUGGGGCUCCACCCUCGAGCUGGUGCUACACCUCUGGAACGUAUCAUCAGGGGACAAUCUGCACAACCUCACCUGUGAGGCAGAGAACCGUGCUGGCCCAGGAGAGGCCAUGGUUCAGCUCAACAUUGAGUUCCCCGUGAGGAUCCUGUUCUUGAGGGAGGCAGAGCCGCAGCACCACUGGUGCUUCCCGUUUGCAGUGGAUGGCAACCCAGCACCAACCAUCCGUUGGCUGUACAAUGACACACCGCUCAAAGAGACCAUGUACACAUACACACAGCUGAUCCCAGACUCAGACGACGGCUCCGUGCAGCACGGCUGCCUGUUCCUCAACAAGCCGACGCACAUGAACAAUGGCCGCUAUACACUCAUUGUGGAGAACAAGCUAGGCUGGGACAGGGCAACAGCCAAUGGCAAGUUCAUGGACAACCCUUUUGACCCCCUUGACCCAGAAGGGGUCAUCCCUGUCUUAACCAACCUCCCAACACCUGCUACCAACCAGUCAAUAGGUGAUGUCACAGAAAAGCUGGAAAGCAGGUUGUUUGGGGUGUCGGUUGCCGUAGGCCUCGCCGUUUUUGCUUGCACAUUCCUCCUCAUCAUGGUGCUGGUCAUCAAUAAAUGCGGGCAGCACUCCAAGUUUGGCAUCCAUCGGUCAUCAGUUCUAGGUACAGAAGACGACCUUGCCGUCUCGCUCCGCUUCAUGAACUUUGGUGCAAGUCCUCCCUCCUCUGAUGAAGGCACAUUAGAUUCUGGGAUCUCCAGCUUUGUUGAGAACCCUCAGUACUUCUGCGGCAUCAUCAAAGACAAGGACAUGUGUGUGCAGCACAUUAAGAGACAAGACAUCAUGCUGAAGUGGGAAUUGGGAGAAGGAGCUUUCGGCAAGGUGUACCUGGCAGAGUGUGCCAACCUCUGUCCUGACACUGACAAGAUGCUUGUGGCCAUUAAGACACUGAAGGACGCCAAUGAGUCAACACGCCAGGACUUCCAACGGGAGGCCGAGCUCCUCACCGUGCUCCAGCAUGAGCACAUUGUUCGAUUCUAUGGUGUGUGCACGGAUGGAGAGCCUCUUGCCAUGGUGUUCGAAUACAUGAGGCAUGGUGACCUCAACCGCUUCCUCAGGGCUCAUGGUCCUGAUGCCCGGAUCCUGGACGAGGUGAAGUUGCCAUCCGCAGGGCAGCUGACACUGCAACAAAUGCUCCAAAUAGCUGCACAGAUCGCCUCAGGCAUGGUGUACCUGGCCUCGCUGCAUUUUGUGCACAGGGACCUGGCCACCAGAAACUGCUUGGUCGGGGAGGGUCUCGUUGUGAAGAUAGGAGACUUCGGCAUGUCAAGAGAUAUAUAUAGCACUGAUUACUACAGGGUUGGAGGCAGAACCAUGUUACCUAUUCGUUGGAUGCCACCUGAAAGCAUCAUGUACAGAAAGUUCACCACAGAGAGUGAUAUAUGGAGCUUUGGUGUUGUGCUCUGGGAGAUUUUCACUUAUGGCAAACAGCCGUGGUACCAGCUCUCUAACAGUGAGGCCAUCGAGUGCAUCACCCAGGGCCGGGAACUGGAACGCCCACGCACCUGCCCCAAAGAGGUGCACCUGCUUAUGCAAGGAUGCUGGCACAGGGAGCCUCAGCAGCGGCUCAUCAUCAAGGACAUCUACAGCCGCCUGGUGGCCUUGGUCAAAAACCCUCCGGUCUACCUGGACAUCCUGGAGUGA